UAGAUUCAGUCGUACGCUUGGCUCCCUCCCGACGCCGCCGUCUGUUCGCGUACGCUUGCCGUUAAAAGCAUCCGCGUGCCGUCAGAGGCGACGAUUUCCACUUUGCCAGCGUUCGUCCGUCGUGUCCUCUUCCCUACGAGAACCAUCCAUCUCGUAGGAUUCCGUUCCUCGAGUUCCUUCGAGUUCGAGAAUCGAGUCGAGGCCAGCAUGAGGAUUCUCACGUGAGAGGCGUGUUCCGGGAUAUACCCGAAAAAAGAGCAGCCCGCCGAUACGAAUUAAUGAUGCCGUGCGAGAGGAGCGCGGAGGAUCGGCUGAACUUUAUGGGAGCGCACGAUUAUCCCAGAAGAGGACAAAAGUAAAGGCGCGAAGAUGGGGGUGUACGUGGUAGGUAUAGUUGGCGUGAUCGUGUUUUACGUGGCUGUGCUGGGUGUCGGCAUAUGGGCGGCCGUCAUCAAGGAGAAGAAGAAUCAACAAGGCCAGGAUGCCAUGAUGCUAGCGAAUCGUGGCCUCGGCCCGCUUCUUGGUGUUUUCACCCUAAUUGCCACGUGGGUAGGCGGCGCCUACGUGAACGGGACCGCGGAAGUCAUGUUCACGAGAGGAUUGGCCUGGUGUCAAGUGCCCUUCGGUUACAGCCUCAGCCUGCUGUUCGGUGCUGUGCUGUUCGUGCGGCCAAUGAGGAAGGCCGAGCACGUGACCAUGUUGGAUCCGUUUCAAGAAAGAUACGGCGCCGGUGUGGGCGGCUUGCUGUUCCUUCCGACGCUCUGCGGCGAUCUGUUUUGGUGCGCGGCCAUUUUGAGGGCCCUGGGCAGCUCGUUGGCCGUCGUCGCCGGCGUCGAUCCGAACGUCAGCGUCUGUGCGUCCGCGCUGUUGGCGGGCGUGUACACUAUGUUCGGUGGAUUAUAUUCAGUCGCGUGCACGGAUGCUUUGCAGUUGGCCUGCAUCGUAAUCGGCUUAGGGGUGGCUGCUCCGUUCUCUCUUCUGCAUCCCGCGGUUUCCUUCGAGAAGAAUUUAGCGCCGGGCGAAUGGUUGGGGGAAAUAAGGAACGAAGACCUGGGCGAAUGGGUGGAUGGAAUGCUGUUGCUGGUAUUCGGUGGAAUCUCUUGGCAGAGCUAUUUUCAACGAAUCUUAAGCAUGAGGAGCACGUCGGUCGCCACGACGCUCUCAAUAGCGUCGAUGUUCGGAUGCAUAAUCCUUGCUUUCCCGUCGGCGUUAAUUGGCGUGGUGGCCCGUGCUACGGACUGGUCGUUGAUCGAAGGAUUUAACAUGAGUUUGCUGGUGAACGAUGGAAACGCGGCGUUACCGAUGGUUCUUCGAUACCUGACACCUCAAUGGGUCUCCUUCGUGGGUCUGGGAGCAAUUUCCGCCGCGGUGAUGUCGUCAGCAGAUUCGGGUAUAUUGGCCAGUAGUUCUAUGUUUUCCAGGAACGUCUACAGACUCAGUUUGAGACCGAAGGCGACCGAACGGGAACUGGGCUGGAUACUCAGGAUCUCUGUGAUCGUGUUCACGGGUCUAUCAACCGCAAUCGCGCUCACGGUGGACAGCGUUUAUUAUCUGUCGUACUUGUGCUCCGAUCUUAUUUACGUGGUGCUCUUCCCACAACUGUUAACGGUGAUCCACUGGCCAUCUCUGGUCGACACUUAUGGCUGCCUCGCCGGAUACUUCGUGGCCGUUGUCUUGCGCCUCUGCGGAGGAGAAAAGGGUUUAGGCGUGCCAGCAUUGAUCGAGUACCCGUUCUACGACACGGAAACGCAGACACAAAAGUUUCCGUUUCGCACGGGCGCCAUGUUGGCGGCUCUGUUCACGCAGCUGAUCACCAGUUUUUUUACCAGAAAUCUUCUCGGGAAGGGCUACUUUCCUCGAUGCUGCGACGUCCUCAGUGUUUACUCGCCUGGGAAAUCCAAGGACCAAUCGGGGGUCGUGCAAAGCAGCUCGGGUGCUGCUCUGAUGGAAACUUCUUCCGUCAAUAAAUCGACCUCAGGAAUGGAUUCCUGCGACGGCGUCGGUCCCGGGAGCUACGAGGACGACCGUACGACCACGAACUCGGUCGAGGACAUGACCGAUCGCGGGGACACCGGGACCGUAGGCGGCGAUCCUUACGACAAAGAGAUGACGAGGAUGAACAACGUCGGGUCCGCCGUUCAGAAGGCGAACCAAAGCCUCCAGCAUUUGCAGACCCUUCGCAACUCGAUGCAUCCUGGGCCCAUGAGCAUCAGACCCAUUCCCACGCCGACUCACUACACCCAGUUACAGAGCAACGAGAUGGCCCGGGGGCAAAUUCUCGGCGUUCGAAACCUGCGUGGCUCGAUGAUGUUGCCUACCGAUCGGCCAGUCGUCGCCACAGGCAACAACGUGGCCAUGACCGCCGUUCCGUUGAGCUCCACGGUGGCUGUCCCUCUCACUCCGGGUCCUCAUUACACCAGGACCACCGACGUACCGAUGGGCGUCGAGAAGACCAGGGAAAUCGACAGGAUCGGCAUCGUGGAGAGGAGCAACGCCGAGUUCCAAAACGCCCCGGACAGCAUGCUGACCACCAUCGGGGUAAAGAAGAACGUCAAGGGCGUCAAGUUGGUUGGUAUGGAAGGUGGGACACUGCGGAGACCGUCGUUGCAGGGCACGUUCUCGCCGACACCGUCGGUGGAGCUCGUUCACAUUUUGGACAGGAGACAGAGCAGCGGUUCCUACGGGCCUGGCUCGCUAUCCCCCGUUCCCAUGGGGGUGGAGGCCUGCAAGACCCACGGGACGGCGCUGGAGGGUCAGGGUGGAAACGAGCACUGUAGAAUAAAGAGAGGCAUCGUCAGGCACCACAGCUUCAACGACACGGGUGACCGAGCCCUGACGACAUUGGCCAGGCAGCCAACCUAUCCCUCGAUGCCGCUGCGUCCCGAGGACUGUCGCAUGACACUCGCGAAGAAGGAUAGAAGGACAUCGACGAUCGCCCGUCACGGUUCCGUGACCAACGAGAAAGAGCUCGGCGGUUGCACGACCGGUUUGGUCGUUUGCAGUCCCACGUACAACAUGUACAGCUCGGCCGUGAAGAGUUCGAACUACUUCGUGACCGACGACGAAGCGGUCAGUAGGUUUUGAGAACAACAGGACAACGUUCGAGGACCAUGAACCGAGGACAAUCGAAUCCCGCCUGAUCAGUUACAACUCCGACCCUUUUUUAUUACAUUUUAACCGUCGCACAAUUACACCACUACCCGUUUUUUAUCUCGUACUAGAUUUACUUAUGUUUGGUACGACAACCCUGAUCACUGGAGAGGAAGGAAUCGUUGGGACUUUUCGGGACUAUCGCGAACGAGCGUCGCUCUGUUUGCGGCGCCAUCUUGGCCACGGGCAAGGAUUAAUCAUUCUCCGAGCACUUGUUAAGCAUACGUGUACAAAUUUAGAGGAGAUUGGAACUUGUUGAAACGCAGAAUGACUCGCUAAGGAAUCAUGAAACCGUACGAGUUGCAGUGUCGGUUACUUGCCCGUCCAAUUACAAACAGCUGGUCGGCGUUUGUCCCUGAAAACUUUCGGCAAACUUGCAUAAACUUACGAUUAAGGUAGCGUAAGAUUUUAGUUAGCGGAUGAUCGGAAACUCGUAGCCAUUAACGUGAUCGUGAAACAAUACAUACAGCGUUUGUUUGUCCAGUCUCGGUUUGCUCGGUCAAGUUAUUCAAACCGUCGUAUUAGACAAACAUAAAAGUGGACAAUUUUGAUUUUUUACACGUACAAUUACCACGGAAUUUUUAUUCGAGGAUCAUCCUUGUUCGUUGCAUUUUUCAGAGUGCUUUCGAGAGAAGAAUCCAUUUUCCAUCAUCGCGUUCUGAAACACAAAACUGCCAAUGUAAUUUCGAUCUAACGAUAAGCGACAAAUCGCGUUUUCGAGUCGUAAUAAUAAUCUUACACCGAGGUUCUCGAUAACCGUGCAUCCUGUAGGCUCUGUAGAAGAGAGACCAAGUCUGUAUCCUUCUACCAAAUUAAUUGUCUCAAAUUUCUCCCUACUUCGAGUCAAGUAACCUGAUCAAAAACAGAGAUUCGAUGCGGCAUCCACGGUAGAAUGGAUACAGCCUCGAUGGUCGUUUUGUUUUCUUCCGGUUAGAUCAAUCUUCUUCGGACCGAUAACCUGUUCAGAAAGUAAUUAAUUUUUGUACAAAUCACGAACGGACGUCAUCGUUUCGCGUGACUCCGUGUAGAUAGAACGAUCGAUUCGCGAAAGAGAUCGAGGACCUUUGGCCAGUUCGUCGUGUACGCGUCAACGAUACCGUUAAAGGACACGAUUAAGCAUUAGGUAAUUAUGUACGAGGUAGUUUAGGUGAUUAGAUGGUGUGCAAUGUUUAACGCCACCACUUCCGAUGUCCAGUUUAAGGGAGAGAAGAUAUACGGAGUUGAUAACAACGUUUUAGCUGUGAGAAAUAAAAGCAGCAGCACGAGCUUCGCUUACUCGAAGCCAUUUUGGUUUCGUUUCCGGCCAGAAGAAAGAUUUCGAGUUCCCUGCGAUCUCUCGGUCGUGUGUUCCACUUCCCACCGAAACUCUGAAACACAAUACGUAAGAUUUUAAUGUCUGCCAUCGAAGAGAAGUACUCGAACGAAACUGAUUGUUUCUUCCGACCGGAAACGCGUCAGAGGGUGGGUCAAGGGUUUCCGUCGCUCAACCUACUUUCUCGUACUCGCGAGGAUAGGGUUAAGCUGCUGGAUAUAGAACGUCCAAUGUAUUACGUGCUAAAUUAUGAUAUUCCGACAACAAAAUACGAUAUUUUUCCACCGAUAAUACGUCUAGUCUGUAGGGUUACUGUAAACGUAGUUACGUAUAUACGGAGGUCUCGAAAUUAAUCGGUGUAACGAUAGCGAGAAACAAUAAAAUCGCUGGUACCUCCGUCGGCUCAAAUACCACCGGAUAAAGAUUUUUCUUAGCGUAAAUGGACGCCCACGCAUCCGGUCGAUCGCUCGAUCCACGAGUCGAGGUGUAAAUAAACAGUUUACAUUUACAAUGUCCAUUAGAAAUAUUUGCAAAAUUUCCAACAACAAACAAAAAUAUCAAUUACACGAAUAUAUUCCUAAGUUUGUCCGUCUCUCGACACCCGUUAUGUGAAAUAAUUUAAUCGUGGAUCUCGAUCGACUGGAUCAACGAAAUCGUACAAAGUGGACUUCCAACAUAAUUAAUUCCCGUGCAAUAAUUUCACCUCGCGCCUUCUUCGUUCAACUUACAUCGAACACGUUGUACAUACUUCCGAGAAUAAUCAAGAAUCGUGUAAUUUUCUUUUUAUGAAGUGUAAAAAAAAAAGAAAUUGCGGUACUGCCUCGCUAUUUACGAUCAAAUCAUUUCAAUUUGAAAAAUUUGUUGGCGAACGCUAAGAUACGAAUGAAAAAUUUGUCCAAUUUGUAAACAGCGAUGAGAACGAUUAAUAAGCGAGGCACUACUAUGCGUAGAUGUUCGAAACGUGCCCGAUUUUUCUUAGUCCCCGUGUCUUUAUCUUUUCGCGAUCGGUGGUCGACUCCACGCGUCCAGGACGUCGAUUUUUCCACAAAUUUUGUACGAAUAAUAAUUAUAAAAACAAUUGUAAUCGCGAGACAAACGUCGAAGACCUAUAUCAGUAUUGUUAACACUUACGAAAAGGAUUCGAGACGUAGCAAUCGUUUCCUGGAGGGCAAGCCUCGUGAAUGGCCGCUACGGACUUUCAUAGUGAUACUUAACCGAUAAGGUAGGAUUAAUUAUAGUACAUUGUUCCGACUAUGUAUUUUGCGACUCGUACACUUUAUACGAAAGAAUCUUCGUGGAUACGAUGCACCAUUUACGAACUAAUCUACAAGCGUGAUUUUUUUCCGAGUUAUAACGAAGACUUCGUUCUUUUGAGAUAUUAAUUUUUUAAUGAGAGACUGUAGAAACAUACGGACACCUUUUUCCAAGUAUACAAGGGUGUUCAACCACCCCUGGGGAAAAUUUUAAUGAGAGAUUCCAGAGGCUAACAUAAAAAUUUUGGCCUCUAGAAUUUGGCCAUUAAAAUUUUUCCCAGUGGUGGUCGAAUACUCUGUAUAGUAGCGAUCAAACAUAAAAUAACUGUUAAAAUUGAACUUUAAUGGCAAAAUGAAAGUGUUAAUGUACAAACUUAAUUUAAAAGUGAAAAGUUUACAGUUUCAUUCGACCGUAGAUCAAUUGGCAUAUUCCGUUCUAUUUCGCGCGAAUACAUAGUCGCGACCACGAGUAGCCAUCUUUCUUUUCGUUUCUAAGCAAGUAAAUUCCAAUAAAGUUGCAGCUUUGUACAUGUAUCGCGUACUGCAUUUGUAACGAGUACGAGAAACUUUCGUUCUUCGAGUUAAGACACAAUGGUGAAUUGUGUUACGUGAAUCACGUGCCAAAUUAUAGGAUAAACGAGAAAUGUAUUAUAAGUUCGCGACAGGAAUGCGCGGAGCGAUUGUGUAGGCUUACUUUAACUUAAGGACCGUUCAUUACGGAUAAGAUUAAUCGAAUACAACCCACGACGAGCAUAGUUAAACGAUAGUCAAUCGAACAACGCAACGAUCAAUCUAAACGCUUAGUUUUUCCUUAUGUUCCUAAAAGCUAUCCGCAUUGUUAGGAGUACGAUUAGAACCGUGACAAAUUUUCUUUUUUACAGUAAAUUGAUCCAUUCGUUGAAUAAAAACACAAAGAUUCGUUUCCUGGCAAAUAUUUUACGUCCGCCAUUCAUUCGAAACUAUAAAAAUCAUUUACAAGUGCGUUGUUCGAUCGCUCACACGGGGUUGUACGCAAUGGCGGAUGCAAGGGGGAGGUCUUAAGCGUAAGAGUUUUAGCCCCUUUUUAUUCAUAAAAAAACAAAUAGGGA